CAGCUUCCGGCGGCAGCAUCGAGACAUGGUUCUGGACUGCUUCCCCGAAAACGUGUUGAUCGAUAUUUUAUCUUAUUUAAACGUGCGCGAGCUGGUGCGGAACUCCAGGGUCUGCAGGCGCUGGAAGCAGCUGGUGAAGGACCAGAGACUCUGGAGAGCCGUUGAUCUCUCCACAUGGAAAGGGCUGACGUCUCGAGUGCUGUGGGUUCUGCUGCGUCAGUAUCUGGGUCACGGGCUGCGAUGUCUGCGUCUGCGCGGGCUGCUGCUGUCUGCGCGCCGCGGGGCCUUCCUCACAGAGUCCUGGCUGCAGGCGCUGCGCUCCAAGUGCCCUCGUCUGCGCAGACUCUGCCUGCAGUACACAGACCUGCGCCGUUUACGCAGCUGCCGCCUGCUGCCACCUUCACUGCAGGUGCUGGAGCUGCGUUCUUGUGAAGUCUCGCCCGGAUUCUUCUCGCAGGACCCUGAGGCUGCAGUAGAGACGCUCGUCCUCGACAGUGUGCCGUCGUUCUGCGACCAGCACCUGCGCAGUCUGUGCACGUGGCAGCAGCUGAGCCAUCUGGAGCUGCGGGAUCUGAGCCGUGUGAGCGCAGGCGGGCUGAGGAGGUGCGUUCCCCCCGCUGCGCAGACGCUCGGCCGCCUCACACACCUGGAGCUGGAGACCCGGAGGCUGGCACAGAUGGUGGCGCUGGGGCUGGGCAAGGGCUGGCCGGGGCUGGAGAGACUCAGUUUGGGCGGGAACGAGGUCAGUCCGGGUCUGCUGUCUGUCAGCCGCCUGCAGGACCUGCGCUGGCUGCGUCUGCGCGCAUGCAGACUGAGCCAGAAGACGGUGAUCAGAUGCUGCAGGUCUCUGACGCAGCUGCGCACGCUGGAGUUCAUGGAGGUGGAGUUUGUGGAGGACGAGGAGGAGCGGAGACCGGACGCAGUGCAGAGCAGUGAAGACGAUCCGGUGCCGGAGCUCAGACGCUCGUUACGCUCGCUGCUGCCGGAAUGCAGCGUGUGUUUCAGCAGCUGCAGACUCACCGUCAACAGAGACUGACGCCCCAUUCACGCGGGGCGUCUGCGUCAACGCUUGAGCGUUUCUGAAGCUUGGUGCUGACC